CACAGCGUUCAAUAGCAAUCGAACGGUCGAAGGUGUAACGUUUGCGCAUGCGCUGCGCAGCGAACUGAUUUGCCACUAACAACGAUAACAACGAAACGAAAUGCUACAGAAAUAAGGUGUAUAUGAAAAUAAUUGGAAAAUAUCCGUGUUAUAUAUUAAUAUUACUGUGUGUUUGUGAAAAUCGAGUGUAUUUGUUGUUUAUACGGAAGAAUCCGUUUAUGAAAGCAGAAUACAAGUGAAAAAAUAAUAGUGUUUUAUAAAAUAUAUGCGAGACUUUUCGCUAUAAAGAAAAUAGUACUGGCUGCCGCUCAUCCACUCCGCUAAACGCUUACUACAAUAACCAGCACGAGUAUGUCGCACAUCCGCUGGAGCUGCAUCAGCCUCUGGCUUGCCACUUUGCCGUUGCUAAUGAGUGCUCAGCCACUCGUCGAAUUGGCACGCAAUUUCGAAACCUCUCUACUCAAUACGCGUCUACCCGAUACACAAACGUUCGAGGAGGCUUAUGAUUUCAUAAUUAUCGGCGCUGGUUCGGGUGGUUGUGUUGUUGCUAAUCGUCUUAGUGAAAUCACCAAUGCGACGGUGUUGCUGCUGGAGGCGGGAGAUCAGGAGACGUUCUUGAGUGACGUGCCUCUCACUGCCGCGCUAACGCAGAUGACACGCUACAAUUGGGGUUACAAGUCUGAUCCGACGCCAAACGCUUGCCAGGGGCUCAAAGGUGGUGUCUGCAAUUGGCCCAAAGGACGUGGUAUCGGUGGUACAAGUCUUAUAAAUUUUAUGCUAUACACACGUGGACAUCGCAAAGACUACGAUCACUGGGCUGCGCUCGGCAAUCAGGGUUGGAGCUAUAAUGAAGUCUUGUCAUAUUUUAAAAAAUCUGAAAAUAUCGGCAUCGAAGAAUUGCGCAAGUCACCCUACCAUGGCCGCAAUGGUCCAUUAGAUGUCAGCUAUACCGAUUUUAAGUCACGCAUAUUGAAAGCUUUUCUGAAAUCAAGUCACGAAAUGGGUUACGAAAUCACGGAUACAAAUGGUGAGCAGUUGAUGGGAUUUGCGCGUGCGCAGGCAAAUCUACGUAACGGUCGACGUUGCAGUACGAGUAAAGCAUUCAUAAGACCUAUUGCUGGUCGUCCAAAUUUACACAUUUCCAUGAAGUCCUGGGUCACGCGCAUACUUGUGGAUCCGGUGAGUAAAGUGGCAACUGGCGUGGAGUUUGUGAAGCAACAUCAGCGUCAUGUGGUGAAGGCCAGAAAAGAGGUUAUACUCUCGGCAGGUGCAAUCGCCUCGCCGCAGUUAUUAAUGUUGUCUGGAAUAGGACCACGUGCGCAUUUGUCAGAGCUAGGUAUUCCUGUAGUGCGUGAUCUGCAAGUAGGCUAUAAUUUACAGGAUCAUGUGACGCUGAAUGGCUUGGUGUUUCUAGUGAAUGACACGAAGACUUUGAAUGAUCACCGCCUGAUGAAUCCAACCGAUAUCUUACACUAUAUAUUGGAAGGUAGAGGGCCUUAUACAAUACCCGGUGGGGCGGAAGGUUUCGCUUUUGUGCGUACGCCGAACUCGACUGUUGAUAAGGACUAUGCCGAUAUGGAGAUUGUCUUGGGCGCUGGCUCGCUGAGCGGUGAUCAUAUGGGUUCUUUGCGUGAUUUACUCGGUAUGCCGGAUGAGUUUUACUAUAAAGUUUAUGAGGGUCUACACGAAAAAGAAACAUUUGGUCUCGUACCUGUUCUAUUGCGUCCCAGUAGUAGAGGUCGCAUUUCCUUGCGCAGCACAAAUCCAUUUCAUUGGCCACGCAUGGAACCGAACUAUAUGCAAGAUCCCAAUGAUAUACGCGCAAUGUUGGAGGGUGUGCAAAUGAUCUUUCAAAUAACACAAUCAAAAGCUAUGCGUCGCCUCGGCACUAAAUUCAAUGCGAAACCCUUCUUGGGAUGUGAACAUCUGACCUUCCAAAGCAAGGCUUACUGGAAAUGUUGUCUGCGUCGUUAUGGUUCUAGUCUGCAGCAUCAGGCGGGCACCUGCAAAAUGGGUCCGUCGACAGAUACCGCUGCAGUAGUGGAUCCACAGUUGCGUGUGCAUGGCAUUAAACAUCUGCGUGUGGUCGAUGCUUCGAUUAUGCCAACGAUUCCUGCUGGUCAUACCAACGCUAUUGUCAUAAUGAUUGCUGAGAAGGCGGCGGAUAUGAUCAAGAAUUCUUGGCGCAUGCGUAACUAAGGCGUAUAUGUAAAUAUUUAUAGUAGUGUAAGAAUUUAAUUUAUUUUUUUAGAGAAAAUAUCAAGUCAUUAGUUGUAGCAAAUAUUAGUCAUAAAAUAUUCUCGCCACCAAUGUGAUCACAACGAAACCAUUAACGCUGCCAUUAGCUGUACUAUUUUAUAAAAGAAAAACUAUUGUAUAAAGCUUUAAUAAAAUGUUCUUAAAAAAUUUAUAAA